UGUAAUAAAGGUGAUGUAUUCCUGCCAGCAGCAGCGAAGUUUCAAAGUUCAGUCUGCACAACCUAAAAGAAGUGCGAUAACUUGCAGUGUUUGAUCGACGGGCUCGAUGGCUCAAUAUACUCUUGUUUCGGGGGCUGUUGGCUUGAUUACUCUCCAAAAUCCGCCUGUUAACGCACUCAGUGCAGCAGUGAGGCAGGGCAUCGUUGAUACGGUGGAGAGAGCACUCAGUGUCCCAAAGGUUAAGUCUGUGGUCAUCUGUGGCCAGAAUGGAGUAUUCUGCGGAGGGGCAGACAUCAAGGAGUUUGGGACAAACAUGUCCGGGCCUCCACUGGUACCGAUGAUCCACGCCAUCGAGGCUGCAAAUAAGCCGGUGGUGGCAGCCAUAGAGGGAAGCGCUUUAGGCGGAGGCCUUGAGUUGGCACUUGGCUGUCAUUAUCGAAUCGCCCACUCUAAAGCCAGACUGGGGCUUCCAGAGGUGACUCUAGGUCUGCUGCCAGCUGCGGGGGGAACCCAACGUCUGCCAAGGCUCAUCGGCAUCCCAGCUGCCUUAGACCUCAUCACCACAGGCCGCCAUGUGACUGCUGCUGAGGCACUGCAACUUGGAAUAGUGGAUCAGGUUACUGAUCACAACACUGUGGAUGCAGCUGUGAAGUUUGCCUUGAGUGUUGUAGGUCGGUCCCUGGAUGCCCGCCGUAUAAGCACUUAUCCGUGUCCACGCUUGUCUGAUCUGGAUGCUCUGUUUGAGGGGGUGAUGCAGAAGGUGCGUCAGAGUUCCCGCGGAGCUAUAGCACCAGUUGCGUGUGUCCAAGCGGUGCGGGCAGCCGCCACCCUGCCUUACACGCUGGGCAUGGAGCGGGAGAAAGCACUGAUGGCCACUCUCUUCACCUCAGGCCAGGCCCAUGCCCUGCAAUACUGUUUCUUUGCUCAGAGAGCCGUUGGCAGGUGGAGCAUGCCCAGUGGAGCUCAGUGGGAUACAAGCAAGCCCAGACCUAUACAUAAAGCCGCUGUCAUUGGUCUUGGCACCAUGGGGAGAGGCAUAACAGUGGCACUGGCUAAGACAGGGUUGUCUGUGGUUGCCGUGGAGACCCAAGAGCAGCAGUUGAUGGAGGCAAAGCAGGCAAUAUCCGGAAUGUUGGAGCGAGGAGCUAAGAGACAUGGGGUGGCUCCUGCGUUAGAUGGGAUCAGUUACAGCCGGAAAAUCCAGGCUGUAGCAGACGUCGAUCUGGUCAUCGAGGCUGUGUUUGAGGACAUGGCCCUGAAGACAAAAGUCUUCCAACAGCUGUCUGCCGUUUGUAAACCAGGCACCUUCCUGUGCACAAACACUUCUGCACUAGACGUGGACCACCUGGCCUCACAAACCCGCAACCCCGAGCUGAUGGUCGGUAUGCACUUCUUUGCCCCGGCCCAUGUCAUGAAGCUGCUGGAGGUGGUCUACGGGCCACGGUCUUCUCCUCAAGCUGUUGCCACUGCCAUGCAACUGGGAAAGAAAAUGGGCAAAGUCAGUGUGGCUGUUGGUAACUGCCGGGGGUUUGUGGGGAACCGCAUGCUGAAGCCAUACAUCGAACAAGCUUUCUUUCUGCUGGAGGAGGGCGCUACACCUGAGUUGGUAGAUGGAGUGCUGGAGGAGUUUGGUUUUGCCAUGGGCGUGUUCAGAAUGUCUGACCUUUCUGGGCUCGACGUGGGCUGGCGAGUCAGAAAGGGAGACGGGCUGGCGGAGCCUAGCGGUCAAUCAGCUAGAAUCCGGCAGGGCCGCAGGUACAGCCCCCUGGGGGAUCUGCUCUGUGAGCAGGGACGGUUUGGCCAAAAAACUGGCCAGGGAUGGUACCAGUAUGACAAACCUGGAAGUCGGGUUGCCAUGUCUGACCCUUGGCUGCACACCUUCCUAAGGGAGUACCGGGCCCGGAACGGCCUGGUGGCACGCCGCAUUGACCACCAGGAGGUGCUGGAGCGCUGCCUCUAUGCCCUAAUCAACGAGGGCUUCCGCAUCCUGGAGGAUGGAAUAGCUGCAGGACCCGAAGACAUUGAUGUCAUCUAUGUGUUUGGCUACGGAUGGCCCAGCCACCGUGGAGGUCCCAUGUUCUACGCCGGCAUGGUAGGGCUGGCAAAGGUCUUGGAGAGGCUGGAGCACUACCACCAUGCUCACCCUGAUGUACCAUAUCUGCAACCCUGCAGCCUUCUCAGGAGGCUGGUGGCCAGUGGCAGCCCCCCUGUCCACAGCUGGAGGGAAGUCAUCAAGAAACUCCACAGCCAGCUUUAAAUCUCACAUGUUUCAGCUUUAAUGUCUUUACUCACUUGAAUAAUGAGGAUCUUGUAAUGUUAAUGAUUAUACUGAUCUUUUACACACACACACACACACACACACGUAUGUAUGUGUGAUUAUGGAUUAUUAUGAAAGGCUGCUGGGCUUUCUGUGAUUAAUAAUCAUCUCUGACUGUGAGCCUACACUGAGUAACCAGUUUAUUAGGUACACCUCAACAAUAUAAUGGAAUUCAACAGCCCUGGAAUAAAUCCUACCUUUUAUGAAGCUUAAAGAGUUUGUGUUGACAUUGCAUGGAGAUGUUGAUUCAACUUGCAAUACAUUGAUUGUAUCAUUUGUUGUCAUAAUACUAGAAACAACUUUCUGUGUACUGCAACCACUCUGCCAUAACCAAGCUGCAUGAACCCCCUCUUUAACAAAGAGUCUGCUUGACAUGACAAGCUUUCGAUGUGUUGCAGGGCUGUUGUAUUGGAAUUGGACAAAUGUGUCUAAGAAACUGGUAAGUCAGUGAAUAUAUUGUUUAAUUCUGUAAUAAAAUAUUUCACUCCAGAACACAAUUUACAGUUAGACCAAGGGGUUUUAAAAUGUAAUAAAUCAUGCUUCACCAGUUGCAACAUUUGCAUAAAAGAUUUUCCUAUAUUAGGCUUAUUUGGUUGUGAAUCAUGGUAAUCUAGUGGUACACUUUUUACUGUAUGUACAAUAUGUAACAAAUCUCAUCUACAUCAUCAUCUGAUGCCUCAACAUGACAUGUUAUACUUAAUGUUUGUUGUUGUGAUUUGUGUGGAGUUCUUACACAGUAUUAACUUUAGCUAUUGUUUGGUUUGUUCUAACCAUCAGUAGGCUAUAUUCAGGUAACUGCGACAUCUCAUUUGAUUCGUUUCCUCAAAGAUCUUCCUUGGAGGAAUAAAUGAAAUCUGCUCUCCG